AUGGAUAAGUUGAUGUGGAUGACGACGCCAGCAACGUCGACCACCGUGACGUCAGAGGAAGGGUCUCCGGAAACGUGGCAGCCGAAUGUGACGGCGGCCUCUGACGGCAGACAGCCGGAGGGAAGCGGCGGCGGGUGGCAGCUGGUGCUGGCCAUCGCGCUCAAGUCGUCCGCCAUGGGCUUCAUCAUCGUGGCGGCGCUGUUCGGCAACCUGCUGGUGAUCGUGAGCGUGAUGCGCCACCGCAAGCUGCGCGUGCUCACCAACUACUUCGUGGUGUCGCUGGCGCUGGCCGACAUGCUGGUAGCGCUGUGCGCCAUGUGCUUCAACGCGAGCGUCGAGCUGACGGCCGGCACCUGGCUCUUCGGCUACUUCAUGUGCGACGUGUGGAACUCGCUGGACGUAUACUUCUCGACGGCGUCCAUCCUGCACCUGUGCUGCAUCAGCGUGGACCGCUACUACGCCAUCGUGCGGCCGCUCGACUACCCGCGCAUCAUGACGCCGGCGCGGCUCGCCGCCAUGCUGGCCGUCGUGUGGUGCUCGCCGGCGCUCGUCUCGUUCGUGCCCAUCUUCCUGGGCUGGUACACCACCGACGAGCACCUCGAGUUCCGCCGCCGGCACCCGGACCGCUGCGCCUUCACCGUCAACAAGGCGUACGCCGUCGUCUCGAGCAGCGUCAGCUUCUGGGUGCCCGGCGUCAUCAUGAUCUUCAUGUACUACCGCAUCUACGUAGAGGCCGACCGCCAGGAGCGCAUGCUCUACAGGUAG